AUCUAUAUUAUUUACACAACUUAUACAAGUUAUGUUACUCAUAUCACUUAUAUUUUCACUUGCACCGUCACGAGAGAACGACUAAAUGACUUAACCAAAACCUAUCCAGAUUAACGACGAAAAUUAAUCAAGAUCCUAGACUAACCAGACGAGUAUCGAACAAGAGCCUAAGAAAACAUUAUCGAUUCAUCAAAAGCCUCGAGAGACAACGUCUGUCGAAGCUCGAGACACAUUGGAGGGGAGCUCUUAGUAUUUCCAGUCAUCCAUGUGAUCGCUUUCAUUGUGAACCGGUUUGAGUGUAGCCCCGACCUUGUGCUUUGUGUCAGUUGUCACGUUGUCCACCAACACACGUCUUCUCCUCACCUAAGACCAGCUAACACCGUGUGUUAACACCAUCGUCACAGAAAUCAUCGGACGCGACCCCACGAGGGAGGAUCGAGCGGAACGAUGCCUACUGAUCCUGUUGUUUGUUUUUCUAGACCGGAAGUACUCGCCAGGUGCAGCGAUCGAAUGGUACUACCAGUACCAGACCCUUUACCUGCGCAUGAUGGCGAAGAAACAGAUGGCGGAGAACGCGGCCACCGAUCCGGAGAACUCGGACAAGGACCAAGACGCGGACAGCUGCCAGCCGGAAACCGUCGCGACGGAGAUAACGCCCGAGGGGAAGAUACGCGAGAUCGCCGGGAACCAAGCGAUCGUCGGUGCUCGGGAUUCGUCCGAGUACUCGUGUCCGCGGUGCGGGAACGCCUAUCUGAGGCUCCACUCGCUGAACAGGCAUAUCAAGUUCGAGUGCGGCGUCGAGCCGCGGUUCGAAUGCCCUGUGUGCCAUAAAAAGUCGAAGCACAAACACAACCUGAUCUUGCAUAUGAGGACGCAUCAGAAGUCCUAAAUAGUCGAGAUUGAUUUUCAUUGUUGAAAAUAUCAUUGAAAGAUCUAUAUAUAUGUCCGCAGGGUGUGGCAAACGUGUCUCGAAACUCGGGAAUCGGAUUUCUCGGGUCAUUUGGAGUAACUUUUUCCUUUGCGAAAAUUCGAUACGAGGCUUCGUUCGC